AGAUCAAAACGCGGCACAAUACAGGAGUCGGUUAGCUGAUCACUUUGCCAUGUAAUGGCGCGGUUAGACUACGCAUAUGCAAGAUCGGAUAUGUCAAAUAUUCCACGUGGGGUGGGUGCACCCCCACCCCCCGGUAUGAACUCAUCAAAACGGGGCCGAUUGGUGUGCAUCAAAGUUCGUAUGCUUGAUGAUACUGUAGCGGUGUUUCAUCUUGGGCACAAAGCAAUAGGCCAAACGUUGUUGGAUGAAGUGUGCCGACAUUUGAAUCUAUUGGAAUGCGACUAUUUUGGGUUGUCGUUCAUCGAUAUUAAUGGAAAUCAUUGUUGGCUUGAUCGUGAGAAAACAAUAUUACGGCAAAUCACAAACGGGUCUACUGACGCCAAAUUUUAUUUCGUCGUCAAAUUUUACACGCCGAAUCCAAUCGACUUGGAAGAGGAAUACACCAGGUAUCUGUUCACAAUGCAAAUAAAACGGGAUCUAGCUCUUGGAGAGUUGCACUGCAGUGAUAACACCGCUUCAUUGUUAUCAGCGUAUCUUGUUCAGUCGGAAUGCGGAGAUUUUUCAUCAGAAGACUACCCCGAUGCCACUUACCUGUCACAUACUCGAUUUGUACCAAAUCAGACGCUAGAAUUUCAGAAGAAAGUUAUGGAUAACCAUCGAAAUUUCAUAGGGAUGACGCCUGGUGAAAGUGACUUGGCAAUGCUGGAAGUGGCACGAAGAUGUGAUUUCUACGGUGUCAAGCUACACGCUGCGAAGGAUAUUGAUGGAAAUGAUGCGGCUCUAUCUGUAAUGCAUUUGGGUAUCAAGGUGUUUCGACAGCUACAACUGGAUACAACGUUUUCAUGGGCACGAAUAAGAAAACUAAGUUUCAAAAGAAAGAAACUACUUGUGAAACUGCAUCCAGAUAGCUACCAAUAUCUGAAAGAAACUGUUGAGUUUUCUUUCGAAACGCGGGAUGAAUGCAAGAACUUUUGGAAAAAAUGCGUUGAACAUCACGCAUUUUUCCGUUGUGUUCAAGCCGAGGAACCGAAAAAAGAAACACGAUUUUUCAUAAGCAAAGGAUCGUCGUUCAGGUAUCACGGCCGAACUCAGAAACAGUUAAUUGACUAUGUUAGAGAACAUCAUAAAAGGAGAGAACCAUUUACAAGGCCUCUUCGGUCAGCAGCAUCAACACGAAAAGGAACGUAUUCAUCUACAUAUGGCCUGGUGACAGAUCGCCCAACAAAGCAUCGAAAUGGAUCAGUCUACGAACCAAAUCAGACGGACCCGUACAACAAACAUCAAAACACCCAUUCCUCAAUGCCCCAUAUUGCGCAUAUCUCUUCCCAGCCUGCUGAUCACUCUUUCUCAGGUACUUUAGACGCUCGUGUCGGUAAAUCGGUGACACGUGAUCCCUCUACCUCAGUUACCCAACACCGUCUUCGGCAACUAAAACGCAGCGAGCGGUGUAUUUCUGAUGUUGAUACGGUCGAAAGGCCCCAACGUUCUUCUUGUAGACCUGUUUCUCAUGCAAUUAAUAUUUCUUCUACCUCCUCCAAAGAGCAGCCCGAUUUGUCGGUUUCUCUUCCUAAUGUUCUUAGUGAUGAUUUACAAAUGGUGUGUAAGGAAAUUGAAAUUGAGCAAAAUGAUCCCCCUAAGUCAGUUUCUGGUGAUAAUUUUCAACAAAGAAGAUCAAGCCGCGACUAUGAUAAUGUUAGUGAAGAUUCAUAUCGACUUUCCGAUCAUGAGAGAAGUACGAGAUCCGAAGUUGGAGUGGGCUCCAAGUUCGCAGCCGCAACUAUUUUCAAUUCAACAUUUGUUGCAAGAAAACCAGGUAGCAAUGUCGUGAAAAGAGUUGUUGCUCAUACCAAAAGUACUCCAAACUCAACGGAUGAUGAGGAAGGAGCACUGAAGUCUGCGUCCGAAUAUCAAACUUUCCGUCAUAUCAAAGAAUACCCAUUUGCACGAAAUGCGAACAUAGUUCCAAUUGAAAUAGAUGGACCAAAUGUUGAUUUAUCUGCACGAAGAUCACCUGCAGCUACAACUACAACAACGAGAACAUAUGCAAACACGACAACUACGGUAACGACAACUUCAAAGGUUCUUACAAGUUCUGGAGCAGUUUUGAUGAAGCCGAAAGUUAUAUCUAAUGAUCAUGAACCGUCAUCUGGAACUCAUUCAUCGAGAGUUUCGCCCGAAUCAGGAACUUAUGGCGCACUUGGCCCUCUUCCCGGUAGAGUUAUCACAAAAGAAAACAUGAUGAUAACUCCGGAAGGAUUCAAGGAAAAGAAAGCGAAACCUAAUCCACCUCCGAAACCAUCGUUUCCAGUGCAAGCUGUUCAUUCAGAAACCGAAGUUGUUCGAGAAAUCAAAACAGAACGAGCUUCGAGUCAUCCGCUUGUUCACAUGCAAGAGGAAAUUCCAUUUUCUCGAGCUCCAUUGAAAUUCGAGGAUAAGAAAGAACGAAAAUCCUCUCUGUCUCGCCCUGCACUAAUUUCUGUUCAAAGUGAAGACAAUCCGGAUGUUCAAAAAUGUCAUCUGUUCAACAGUGACAUUCCGUAUACUUUGACAAUGCGAAAUGUUGAAAACACACAGUCACUUCCCUAUUCGUCAUUUAAAGAUGUAUCCACUGCUAAAAAACAAGGGUAUGAAUCAAAUUCACUAAAAAGAGUAUCGAAAAGCCCCGAAUUCAAACGUCGAAAAUCUCUGGAUCUUGUUCCAAGGAAACGACUACCGUCGCCUGGCAAUUUUUCUGCUCAAGAUCACACUAUUUCUCCAACCACGCCGGACAGUGAUGUUCUGGAGUAUCUGCUAAGAAGAAGAAGUUUACUUGGAGAUAAGUCAGUUAUCAAAACGAAAUCAAAAAGAACGGAUCCGCGCCGCCAAACUCAGCCUGUUCGGUUUGAUCUACCACCGUCUCCUUGUUCGCCAACAGCUGGUGGUUCUACUCCAUUCAUUUCAAUUCUUAACGAUGAUCUCUUCGAUGAGUGCGUGUCCGAAUCCAGAAGUCUCCAUGAAGACAUGGACCGUUUGGACAAAACUACUCCACACAAUCAAUCAAUAUCUUCAUUUAUGUCUCAAAAGUCACGGCGCGAUUCGGAAGACAGUGAUGUAAUGCCACCUCCUCCUGAAGAAAUAUUGAACAAGGCCAUGAUUUCAUCGUCUCGUCCAGCCCCUCCACCUCCACCACCAAAAUCUUUGGCGGCUGCCGUCAAAGUUGCCGAAAUGAAAGCUGCUGCUGCCGGAAAGAUCUACUACAGUGGAAGCUCGAGAACUGGCAAGAUUACCGAUUCACCUCCCUUCAUCGAUGACUCUCCUAAAAACAGCAGCGCAUCAGAUGCUCCAUCCGUUCCGUCACCUCAAAAGAAUUGUUUUUCUGAUUUUUAAUUGUGAAUUCAAUGUAUUUUGCAUGUCGUGAAUUGAAUCUGUGGUUGUGAUUGCUGGGUUGCUUUCCUCUUUGCAAUAAUAAUCUUCAAUUGUUUUUUAUCAUUUUUAAAAAUUUUUUAAUCACUUAGAAAAUGGAGUUUGAGUUAUCUUCCCAUGUUAUAAAUUUUGUAUAAGCUUAUAUUUCAGUGAACAGAGGCCUUAUUUAUUUUGUUUUGUUUUGUGAACCUCCGCAUGGUUUGGCUAUCAAUUCUUCUUACACAUUUAUUUUCUAAAUACUCUGCACUAUUUCAUUAUUGUGUUUGAUUUCUUAAGCAUGGUUUCAUUCUGUCAUUUCGCUUCUAGUUUUGUCAUAAAACAAAAAAUCACUACAAAACCUUAUCAUUUCAGUAUGCCAAAAACUUUCCUAGAGUUGAUAGUCUUUCACUUCUAAACUUGCAUGUUACUGCGCAUGCCUAUAGAUAGCAUUUUUCACACAAAAACUAUUUUGUAAAAAUUCUUGUUAUUUUCUCGUCAUCUGAUGAACUUUUAUUUAAAAAUUGUUAACUGAGAUUAAUAAAUGAUUGAAAAAGUGCAUUUCCGGAACACAUUGAACUAAAAGCGACAUGACAUUAUAUAUCCCAUGCUUCAGUAUCACUUCACUUUUUUUCCUAUUUCUUUCCCAUUAACUGCAAUUUUAUCAGUUUAUAUCUGUCUGUUCCUUUUUACUUUCAUUAUUUCUUCUACUAUCCCCACACAUCACUGAUGUCCCCAUAACUACACGUGCACUUGUUCUAGAAUAAUAUAAUUUCAAUUUGUAUUUGAUCUCGGUUCCUUUGAUUGUAAUUCUAUUCUUUAUUUUUCUGACGAAUGAAAAUGUAAUUUUUUCAGUUGAAAUUUUGCUUCUCAAUAUUGUACUAACAUUGUAAAUUCAUAAAUGUUUUUUU